CAAUUCGCCAAUUGAAGUCCAACGAGGAGGAGGAGGCGUCGUACCCUACCUCCCGCCAUCAUGAUGUCCAGUAGCACCUCCCCUCGUCGAAAUCCAAGCUCGAGGACAUAUCAAGGGUCUCUGUAUCAGUCUGCGUCGAGCUCUAGGCCCUUCUUAAACAUGCUAAAUCCAAUGAGUCGACCGUAUCAGGGCUAUACGCAAGCAAACCAGUCGCUGCUGGAGGAAGAGGAAGAGGAAAGAAGGAGCUCAGAGGAAGAAGAGGAAGACGUGGAGGCUGGUCAUAGUCAGAGCACGAUAUUCCAGGGAGACACCAUUCCAUUGUCCAAGUCACGGUCCAAGUCCAAGUCGCAUGGCAAGCCUCGUGUCUCGUGGGAUGCAGCCACCUCUAGAACAGAUCCGUCACUGCAUCCCAAUAUCCAUCAGGAAGAUAAGAUCCAUGACCAGGACUCGGACGACGGCGAGGUGCCGCAGAGUUUCAUGAUUGAGGCCACCUCGCACCGGCCGUCCAGGAAGGGCAAGGGGAAGGAGACGGGUUCUGGUUCUGGUUCUGGUUUUGUUGGAGGGCGUCAGCAACCGCUGUUCUCUAUCCCUGGAAAGAAGCUGCCUCCCGUUUUGCCUACCCAUGCGUCUGUGUCUGUACCCCCACGUCCUUCAGAACUGGAUCCCGACGACGCUGAGGCGACGCCACGGCCUGACGAUGCCUCCCCGCAUUCUCCCAGACAGCCGAGGCCCAUGCGGGGGCUGGACGCUUACGAACGCGCUCUAUGGAAUUGGGUCAACGUGUACAACCUAGAUUCCUUCCUGCAAGAUGUGUAUUUCUACUACGAAGGCAAGGGCAUAUACAGCAUUGCUUUGUCGAGGGGAUUAAACCUACUGACUGUCGGUUUCGUCAUUGGUUUCUCCACCUUCCUCCUCGGAUGUAUAGACUAUUCUCGGAUACACCCCGAUAAGACCAUGCGGCUGUCAGACGCCAUUGUCGACCGUUGUGUAUCAAACUUCUCAGGCUUUACGCUACUAUUUUUCAUUCUCUUUACCGCAUUUUACCUCUGGCAAAUCGCAUCGUUUACCCUGGGUACCAUGCGCCUCGUGGAUAUGUAUAACUUUUAUACUCAUCUGUUAAAGAUUCCAGACGUUGACAUUCAAACCAUAUCGUGGCCCGAGGUUGUUCGUCGCAUUGGCGCUAUACGCGAGGAGAAUCCCCUCACAGCCAUCUCCUCAAAGAGUUCUCGAAAAACCAAUGAUACAACCACCGCGAAACUUGACGCUCAUGAUAUCGCGAAUCGAAUAAUGAGGCAGGAAAAUUACCUUAUAGCACUCUUCAACAAGGAACUCUUGGAUCUGAGAGUGCCGUGGCCUCGUUUCCUAAAACAAUACAUAGCCGAGGACAAGGGGAAGGGAAAGAUGCUAACCCAAGCGCUUGAAUGGAAUCUAAGAUUCUGUCUGAUGGAAUACCUAUUCGAUAAACAUGGUCGUGUAAGAAAAGUGUUCCUGAAAUCCAAAAAUCGGACAGUUUUAAUUGAAGGACUCAAACGUAGAUUCAUCUUCAUGGGAAUAUUAAAUGCCAUUUUCGCUCCUUUUAUCGUACUCUAUCUGUUAAUGUAUUCAUUCUUCCGGUACUUCGAGGAAUACCAUAAGGAUCCGUCGUCGAUAGGAGGACGCCGAUAUACAUCCUUUGCGCAAUGGAAAUUCAGAGAGUUCAAUGAACUACCUCAUUUUUUCAUGCGACGACUCGACGAGAGUUGUCCCGCCGCUAGCAUGUACAUUGGACAGUUCCCAAACGAGAAAAUGACGCUUAUCAUGCGUUUCGUAGCCUUCAUCUCCGGUUCAUUCGCGGCUGUACUCUUUUUGGCUACCGUCCUCGAUCCUGAUAUCUUUGUUCAUCUCGAGAUCACGUCUCAUCGUACAGUGCUGUUUUACCUCACUGUGUUUGGAUCGAUAUUGGCUGUGGCGAGAGGGAUGAUACCCGAAGAUAAUCGAGUGUUUGACCCCGAGUUGUUGAUGACGGAGGUGAUCACUUAUACGCACUAUAUGCCGGACGAGUGGAAGGAUCAGUUGCAUAGCAAAAUGAUUCACCAGGAGUUCGGCGAGCUUUACGCCAUGAAAAUCAUAAUCUUCGUGCAAGAAGUGAUUUCCGUAGUCUUGACACCCUUUGUUCUGUGGUUUUCACUUCCAUCCUGCGCCCCGGCCAUUAUCGACUUUUUCCGCGAAUUUACUGUUCAUGUAGAUGGACGAGGGUAUGUUUGUAGCUUUGCCGAGUUCAACUUUGAGAGGCACGGGAAUGUCAAGUUUGGUGCACCGACGCAGAACAUUGACAAACGGAUGGUCUCGAACGAGGGCAAGAUGGAGAAGAGUUUCCUGAAUUUCAAGGCUGCCAAUCCAGAUUGGAACCCCACAGACCCGUCAGGUUCGUUAUACCUAAGCCGUAUGGCAGACUUUACAACAACACAUCUUCCUGGGCGUCGACGACCCGGAACUGGCAUCGCCGUGCCUCUUGAUCACAGCCACGGUACUGGCGAGCGUAACAAAACCGAGGUUGACCGUGCGCAUGAAUACGACCGCGCGCUUCGACAGAGUCAACUCGCGGCUCGACGGCGGGGCGGAAGUAUGCUGAGCGCGUCCACACUGGGCGUCCCAGGUCCUUCGGGGUCGUCGAUAUUCGGCGGACUGUCGACGGCUCAGACGGCGGUGCUUGGAGAUUCACAGGGUAGUGUGCAGGCGGAGCCGGUUCGUGAGGUGUCGAAGAUUACGGAGAGUGACUUGGCUGAGGAUGGAGGUGUCGGUAGUGGGUUGGGUGAGUCGUAUGUUGAUGGUGCGAAACGGACACGAGCAUUUGGGGAAGGAGAGGAAGAGGAGGAAGGUUUGGAAGAUGGGGGUGUUUUGGGACUGCUGGCUCAGAUUUAUGACCGGAGAGACGGCCCAACAAGGGUGCUCUGAGGUGCCUUGUAUAGUCACUAUAUUACUAUUGUACAUCCCUACGCAUAACACGACUAUCAUGUAUAUUACCCUCAAUAUCGGGAUCGUUCAGAUGGAUAUGCUUCUUGGGCAGUUUUCCCUGCUUCACUUAGCAAAUUCAACAUCACAAAUCAGGAAGGGCACGCAUAUAUCAUUGUCAAGGAUACAAUUCAGUUAGGCGCAUACAGUCAAGGCACUGGAAAGG